AUGGCAGAUCUCGGCCCUCCUUUCCAUCCCAUCGCUGGUAUUGCAAACUUCCGUGAUCUCGGCGGUCAUCCGCUGCCUAUUCAGUCCCGCCCCGGAUACACAAUCAGACCGGGCCUCAUCUUCCGCUCCGCAGAACCAUCCCGUCUCACUGAAGACGGCGUCUCGGCGCUACAGGACCUCAAGAUCUCUCACGUCUACGACCUGCGCUCGCGAACUGAGAUCGAGCGCUACGCUACAGGAACCCGAGAGUGGCCCGGCGCCCAACGGGUCUUUACUCCAGUCUUUCUAGACGAGGACUACGGCCCGGAAGCUAUUGCGUUGCGUUUCCGAAAUUAUACCGCCGAAGGAAGUCAGGGAUUUGUUGAGGCGUAUCGAGGAAUUUGGGAGACGGGAACGGAUUCUAUCAACACUAUUCUCUCACACCUUGCCAAACCGGAUCCUUCACCCCUACUCAUCCACUGCACUGCGGGCAAGGAUAGAACUGGUGUAGUCUGUGCUUUCAUCCUGUCCAUAUGUGGCGUGGAUGAAGGGACUAUUGCUCAUGAGUAUGGUCUGACUGAGGUUGGCCUUGGUAAUUUUCGAGAGGAGCUGCUUGCGGCUGUGAUGAAGAGUCCUGAAUUGAGAGCCAAUCCUGAAGGCGCUCAACGAUUACUGGGAGCCAAGCCCGAGAACAUGCUUGCUGCUUUGGAAGCCCUUCGUAAACAACAUGGCUCUGUCGAGGAGUAUGUGGUCAAGAACUGCGGUCUGACAGAGGAAGAUCUUGAGCAGAUUCGAAAGAACUUGAUCGUGCCCGAGGAGAGCAGGCAGUAG